CUUUUUUUGUUCUUACAGAUGUGUAUGGAUUCUGAAAAACACAUGAUAUAUACCUUCGGAGGCAGAAUUCUGACCUGCAAUGGCAGUGUUGAUGACAGCAGAGCCAGUGAACCGCAGUUCAGUGGAUUGUUUGCUUUUGACUGCCAGUGUCAGACAUGGAAACUUCUGAGAGAGGAUUCCUGUAAUGCUGGACCUGAGGAUAUUCAGUCCCGAAUAGGACACUGUAUGUUGUUCCAUUCUAAAAAUCGCUGCUUAUAUGUAUUUGGUGGCCAGAGAUCGAAGACAUAUUUGAAUGACUUCUUCAGUUAUGAUGUAGACAGUGAUCAUGUGGAUAUCAUAUCCGAUGGCACCAAGAAAGAUUCAGGGAUGGUUCCAAUGACAGGUUUCACUCAAAGGGCUACCAUUGAUCCAGAACUGAAUGAAAUCCAUGUCUUAUCAGGGCUCAGUAAAGACAAGGAGAAGCGGGAAGAGAAUGUAAGGAAUUCCUUCUGGAUUUAUGACAUUGUGAGGAACAGCUGGUCUUGUGUCUAUAAGAAUGACCAAGCAGCAAAAGAAAAUCCGGGUAAAAGCCUUCAGGAAGAGGAACCCUGCCCAAGGUUUGCCCAUCAGCUGGUGUAUGACGAGUUGCACAAGGUUCAUUACUUAUUUGGAGGGAAUCCUGGUAAGUCCUGCUCUCCAAAGAUGAGAUUAGAUGAUUUCUGGUCUCUGAAGCUCUGUCGACCCUCAAAGGAAUACCUACUAAGACACUGCAAAUACCUCAUAAGAAAGCACAGAUUUGAAGAAAAAGCUCAGACUGACCCUCUUAGUGCACUGAAGUACCUGCAGAAUGAUUUGUAUGUAACUGUGGAUCACUCGGACCCCGAGGAGACAAAAGAGUUUCAGCUUCUUGCCUCAGCAUUAUUUAAGUCUGGCUCGGAUUUCACCACUCUUGGAUUUUCAGAUGUUGACCACACAUACGCGCAGAGAACUCAGCUGUUUGAUACACUAGUCAACUUCUUUCCAGACAACAUGACCCCUCCUAAAGGCAACCUGGUGGACCUCAUCACACUGUGACGGAGCAAUCACUGGACAUGUGGAAGAGGGGAAAAGCAUCCAUUUUCAGUAUUUUAAUUUUUUUACUGCAUUGAUUGACUGCUGGGAUGAAGUAAUAAAGUAACCCCUAGGUGUUUGAAAGGGGUUUUAUACUUGUAUGGUGAAUCCCUGAAGCUUUUCCCUUGGAGUAGGUUAAUAAAAUGUAACUGACGUACUUAUGACUAAA